AUACAGGUACAUUAACAUACAUACAUACUAUCUCAUUUUAUAGCUUGCUAUACAAGCUUCUGCUUUCUUCAUCGAAAACCCUAACUUCAAUCUCUCUCUCAGAUUCUCCAACAACUCUCUUUCCAAAAGAAUAAUAAUUGAAUCCUUGAUUUCUCAUCCUUAAUCAUUUACUAUCGCUUUCAGUUCGUUUUGAUGCUUUAACCUAUUCCUUAACUAACGCCAUUAUCGUCUUUAUCUACUUUUGCUUUCUUUUAUUUCACUCUUUCUUAUUAUUCCAUUUGCCUCUUCCUCAUGUUCUAUUCUCUAAUUUGAAUCCUAAAAUAAUGGGGAAUUGUUUCUUUAAGUCAAAGAAACCCACGGCGGAGAUCGCCCCCUGCGAUUGCACCAGGCGUUUUAGGCCUGCUCCGGUGGCACCCACCGUCCGCUUGUACGGUUCUGCUUCGAGUCCAGUCGCCGCCUACAUCAGGUUCGCAUUGCUUCACAAGAACGUGUCUCUGCAGUUGGUUCCCACCGAGGGCGACACACUGGUGCUGGAGAUCGGGUCUGAAACGGUGUCGGGUCACCGGGAGACGCUGCUACAGUUCAUAGAGGAGAAGUUCCCGCACCCGCCGCUGAGGUUUGAUUUGGUAGAGAGGACGCCGUUGGUGGUGAAGGUAACGCGGUUGCAGCACAGGAGCAUUACAUGGCACCUGGAGAGGAUGGUGAGGUGGGUGGAGGAUUUGCGGACGCGUGGGAAAAGGAAGACGGUAGAUCCGGCGGUGGGAAGUCCGAGGAUGGAGCUGAAAAAGUUGGAGAAGAAUUACGCUCAAUUGCUGGAGGUGAUGUUGGAGCAUGCUCAGAUGGAGGAGAGAAUCGUCUUUCCCCUGCUCCAAAGAGCAGAUCCAGGACUAUGUAAAGCUGCAAACGAGGAACAUGCAAGGGACCUGCCGGUUAUGAAUGGCAUCAAAGAAGACAUGAAAUCCAUCGGAGUUAUGGACUAUGGGACCCCUGCCUGCAAGGAAGGCCUCUCCAAUCUUUCCACCCGCCUCAAAUCAUUACAGAAACACUGUAAAGAACAUUUUGAUGAGGAGGAGAAAGAUGUACUGCCAUUGUUAGAGGCAACGGAGCUGAGUGGAGAAGAAGAAAAGAGGGUAUUUGAAGAUUGCAUUGAGGCGAUGAAGGUAACUCAUUCACAUUUAUUUAACUUUUUCCUGGAAGGCCUACUACCGUCAGAAGCUAUGGAGUAUGUGGACUUGAUCAUGAAAUGCGGUGACAAACAACUAAGAGCCUCUAUGAUUCAGAUUAUUUCCAAUGCUAAGUAACACUUGUGAUGUUACCUCUAAAGUCUAAUGAGUAGAAAACCAUACAUGCAUACACAUGUCAAAUACAAGACUGUAAAUACAGAAAUGUCUGCGUGCAAACAAAAAAAAAAUGGGUUAGUUCGGCUGUGCCAUAUGUACCUUUUGGAGAUAUUAGAUGGAUAAAAAUCAAUAUUUGUAUCUAUAUAAACUAAUAAAAGUAAGAUGCAAAUGUAAUAAUGUUGUAAGGUAGAAAUGUUAUACUCCUGGUGCGGUGUAGCGGCUGUGGGUUUGUUUUAUACCUGCAUGGAGCUGUGUUGGUUUGGUUGGAUGUUGCUGAGAGCUAGCUGUAUAUAUGAUUUGUUAAGUAGGGUGUUGUUUUCUGGUGUUUUGGUGGGUAAGGUUGUUGCUGUCUCUGUGGGUGUGGGUUGUCCUAUGGCUCAUGUGUUGCUUUAUUGCUAGUAAGAGGUUUCUUAUUUGGAACAUGAGGGGCCGGUAUUUAUGGUUAGUGGUGGUGGAAGAAGAGUGUUGAUAACUUUUAUGGGUGUCCUUAAUAUUAACAUAAGGGGAAGGGGGGGGGGUUGGGGAGGAGUGUGAAAGAUUGAAUAAGGUGAUGGUGGGAUUUGAGGGUGGAGUCUGCUGUGUUAUCAUGGCCGCUUGGUUGCUGUGAUGCGAAUGAGGAUGGUGUUCUAACAUGAUUUUAUCGUAUGGCAUGGUGUUUAACUAUGUUUACUUUCUUUGUAUUAUCAUAUCUUUGGUGAAGUGUGAUUGUUAACUGUUGUCCAUUUCUAUUAAUAAAUUUGAUUUAGUAAAA